AUGGAGAAAAGUAUGGAAAUUCUAUUGGCAAAAUUAGAUGAAAAGUUAGACCAACAAACUAAACUUAUAACAACUACAGUAACACAAAAUGUCAUGGCAGCACUAGACGAAAAGUUUAAAGCGAUCACCGAAGAAAAUACCCAACUCAAAAAUAAAAUCAGUGAGCUAGAGUUAAAAUUGAAAUUCGCUGAUAAGGAUAAGCGCAAAAAUAACCUUGUCUUUUUUGGCAUCGAGGAAGGAAAAGCAACAACAGAAACGGAGCUAGUAGACUAUAUAAAAGACAUUAUACUGGAAAUGGGAGUACAUUUUGAAACCUUCGAAAUUAAUAAUACUUACAGGAUCGGUAAAAAAGAGCUCGAUAAAAAUCGCCCUGUUGUAGUCUCACUCACAACUACAUGGAAAAAACACAUGAUUCUGCGAAAUAGACGUAAUCUACAAGAAGGUAUAAAUAUCAAAGAGGACUACCCUAAAGAAAUAAUAGAAAAACGUAAACAACUACAGCGGCAAGUUGAAGAGGAAAAGAACAAAGGGAAUAUAGCGUUCAUCAAAUACGACAAACUGAUAAUAAAGAAAACACAUGAAAGCAACAGAGAAAAGAGGAAAAGAGAGACUUCAAGAUCACCGAAAACACCAUCACAAAAGAAAGUCAAUGCAAGUAAUACCCAAAGUACAUCGACCACCCUGAACAACGCCUCUUCUAAAACCGCGACAAAGGAAACAAUGCGCCCAAAUAUACUGAACUAUAUAGAGCGCGGGAGAUCCGCUUCAUUAUCAAAUCCCUCAAAAAACUAA